ACAGAGAGCGAUUUCUGCAGUUUCAGACUUUCAGUCCGAUCAUCUUCUUCUUCUUCUUCUUCCUCGUCUUCUUCAAUUUCCCGAAGGAGGUGUUCGUUCAAGCACACCCCCUUGGGAAUCUUGCUCUGCGUGUUCCUCUUCAAUGGCGUCCUAUGGCUUCUCCGACAAGAACGUCGUCUUCAGAAAACUCAAAGCCAAGUCUGAAAACAAGAUGUGUUUUGAUUGCAAUGCUAAGAAUCCGACUUGGGCUUCUGUUACCUAUGGUAUCUUCCUUUGUAUUGAUUGCUCCGCCGUUCAUCGCAGCCUUGGCGUCCAUGUUAGCUUUGUCAGGUCAACAAAUUUAGAUUCUUGGUCUCAAGAGCAGCUUAAAGCAAUGAGCUUUGGAGGGAAUAACCGAGCUCAGGUUUUCUUUAAGCAGCAUGGAUGGACUGAUGGAGGCAAAAUUGAGGCCAAAUAUACGUCAAGAGCUGCCGAAUUGUAUAGGCAAUUACUUACAAAAGAGGUUGCUAAGAGUAUGGUAGAAGAGACAGGGCGGCCAUCUUCACCAGUUGCUUCUCAGUCAGCACAAGCAACAAAUGGACCUCCUGAUGUCAAGACUAAUGCAAUUAUGAAAGACAAUGUCUCAAGAAAGCAAGAGGCACCAGAAAUUUCUGCUUCACCGAAAGCUUCUCAGACAGUAUUCUCAAGCACUGUGAAGAAGCCCAUCGGCGGGAAGAAGCCAGGGAAGACAGGGGGACUUGGUGCCCGAAAACUUACUGCAAAGCCAAGUGAAAAUUUAUAUGACCAGAAACCUGAAGAACCCACGAUUCCAGUUUCAUCUCCAACGACAGCCAAAAGUCCUGCAGCUGGUUCAUCUUUUGCUUCUCGCUUUGAAUAUGUAGAAAUUGUCCAAUCAUCUGAUGUGAAUUCUGGUGACUCUCAUGUGGUUGGCCAUGUAGCUCCUCCAAAGGCAACGGGCUUCUUUGCUGAGUUCGGAAUGGAUGGUGGUUUUUCACAGAAAGCUAGUUCCAGUUCCUCAAAAGUGCAGAUUGAAGAAAGUGAUGAAGCUAGGAAGAAAUUCUCCAAUGCGAAAUCUAUUUCGUCAGCGCAAUAUUUUGGUGAUCAGAACAGAGCUGAUGCUGAAGCUCAGGCCUCCCUGCAAAAGUUCUCAGGUUCGGCUUCCAUCUCUAGCGCCGAUCUAUUCGGUCACCAGCGAGAUAAUCCUUCUGUCGAUGUUUCUGCAACUGAGUUUAUUAACCGGAUUUCCAUUCAGGCGCAGCAGGAUCUUUCUUCUCUCAAGAACAUUGCAGGAGAAACAGGGAAGAAGCUUAGCUCUUUGGCAUCCACAUUAAUUACAGAUCUUCAGGACAGAAUCAUUUGAUACAUUUUGAACUGUUCUCCAUUGUAGAAUUUGGCUCGAACUCGAUCUCGAACUUCAUACAGUUUGAUUACUAGCCGAUUCUACUACUGAGGAAUGUAAAGAAAAGAAAAUACCAGUAUACUGAUUCUUUAAAAAAAACAAGCUUUACACAGGACUUGAAUUUGGCUGGUAUUUUGUUUCUCCUCCUUUCUUUCUUUCUUUCUAGCAGCUGCAGUGAACAUGUGGUAGUUUAGUUCUGUUUUUCUAGCAAACAUACCAUAUUUUCACCACCAAAAGUUGGCUUUCCUGAUCUCGUAGGAGCUUAGGACCUGAAUUUGUAUGGAGUAUUGCUUAUAGUUCUGUGAGUUUAUUGUAUGUGUUUCAGUAAUAUUUGUGUUCUA